AUAAAUAAAUGACACUUAAUUCAAGUGUGCGAAUCGCACUGCUCUCUGGUCGUGUGUCCGUACUGCAAUGGGGUGUGUAUGUGUAUCGGAACCCUUCCUUCGCCUUUGUAUUUGAACAAUCCGAAAGCUUAUAAACCCGACCCGAUCCGAUCCAACCUCACCCGUCUAGGAUUCUGGAGUUUCUAUACCUCAUCGGGUGGGAUGAUGGAUCACCAAUCUGGCGGGGGAUUUGAUUCAGAUGAUAGUGACUUGGAUAUGCAAGGUGAAAUUAGUGAGAAACAUGAGAAAGUAGAAGAUGAGUUUUGCAAAAGCUUAGAUUUAUGUGCAGAUGAAGAUGAGAAAUUUGUUGAACAACCUUCAGUAGAUACAGAAGCUCUAGAACCAUUCAUAGGCAUGGAGUUCAAUUCAAGAGAGGAAGCCAGAGAAUUCUACAUUGCCUAUGGUAGGAGGAUAGGUUUUACAGUACGGAUACACCAUAACCGUCGUUCACGAGUUAAUAACCAGGUUAUUGGUCAAGAUUUUGUCUGCUCAAAAGAAGGUUUUCGUGCAAAAAAGUAUGUGCACAGAAAAGAUAGAGUGCUCCCUUCUCCGCCAAACACCCGAGAAGGUUGUCAGGCCAUGAUAAGGUUAGCUUUACGAGAAGGAGGGAAGUGGGUUGUUACCAAAUUUGUGAAAGAUCAUACUCAUAAACUGAUGAGUCCUAGUAAAGUUCCAUGGCGAGGAUCUGGGAAGCACUUGGUUAGUGAGGAUGAGAAAGAUAAGAGAAUCCGAGAGCUAUCGCUUGAGUUGUACAAUGAAAGGCAAAAGUGCAAACGUCGUUGUGCUGCAUAUGAAGAACAGUUAAAUAUGAUUCUGAACGAUUUGGAAAAGCACACAGAACACAUCUCUGAAAAAGUUGCUGAUAUAGUUCAACGUAUAAGAGAGAUGGAGGAGGAAAAAUCAGAUUCAGAUGGUGGGUAAUUAGUGCCAUUAUAGCAUGUUUCCUAGUUGCCACGUCUGUGUUGGGAUUGUUAAGCCUAUUUGCCAUUUGAAGGUUUCAAACAUAAUUCUGCCAAAUAUUUAGACGUGAUUUAGCUUGAAGUAAUGCAGUGGUCAUAGGGUCGUCUCAGGUCACAUUAGCACAUAGUUUACCGGGAAACUCAUUUUCUAGUGUGUUUCAUCAACCAUGUCCAGGAUUAUGUGCUUUACAUUUAACGUAGUAUUGUUAUUCUUGCUGAAAACUAUUUCCCUCAUGAGUAUGGUAGCCGUUCAUUCUUUUGUUGGACUCAACUUUUUUGGACCGGAGUUGGUGGGAUUGUGGUUUACACCACAUGGACUCUAGUCUUCUCUGCUUGCGUUCUGCUUACAGUUUGGAUGAUUACCAUCACAGCGAUCAUUUACCUUUAUUUUGGUUAGAAGAAAUAGUGGCCUCCUAGAACUAGGUAGUUAUCACAUUUAAAUGUUAAAUAUAGGACACAUUUAUCUCUGUAAAAUUUUAUUAUAAACACUCAGAAAA